UCAGGAAACAUGCAUAUGAAUAUUCUGAAGAGUAUCCCACUAAACUCACCGUAAAUUCAACUCAAGGUGGUUUACGAAAAUCUUAAGGGGGUGGUAAGAUGACCAGAGAGAAUAUUAAAGGAAGAACUAAAAUUCAAGUAGAAUACAGGACGUCACAAAAAAACGAUCUCAUCAGAAGUGAAGACACGCCCAUCACUGUGGUUUUAUCUCGCCCAGCUGUCAAUUAUGCAAAUGUCGCUCUUUACGGUGGUCUGAGCAAACAGUGGUAGUGUAGCGUCUAGUGCUGGACUUUACUACGGACAGUUUGACACUCUGCACAUCCUUCGUGGAAGAACAGUAGAAUCCGAUAACUACAAACGCUACGUGCAAAGUAAGGUAACUGUACUGAAUCAACAUGCCUGUGGUCAACUACAACAACAACAUCCGCACCUCGCAGCGCCCUGGAAUAUCCCUGGAGGAGUCUCAGGACUUCUACAAGACCUGGGCCGAGACCUAUGACCAGGACACCACCAACUCGAACUACAACGGUCCCGCAGCAACAGCCAACCUUGUUCUGAAGCUGUUUGAAGGCAAGACUGACGGUGUGCGUAUCCUGGAUGUGGCCGCUGGUACCGGAAUGUCGGGAGAGGCGCUCCAGAAAGUCGGGUUCCGUUCCAUGGACGCCCUUGAGCCCAGUGAGGACAUGCUUCUGCUGGCGAAAGAGAAAAACGUCUACGGCCGUCUGAUCCAAGACUUCCUAGGUACAAAUCGCCUGGAUAUUGUGGAUGGAGAGUACGAUGCCACCGUGAUGGUUGGUGGGAUGGUCGAGGGCCAUGUUGGUUGUGACUGUCUGGAAGAGCUCAUCAGGGUGGUGAAACCAGGAGGAUUUGUGGUGAUCUGUAUGCGGGAGGUGAACCUGCGGAAAGUGCCGGAGUACCGCAAACUGGAACCCCGCAUGAAGACCCUGCAGAAUGAAGGAUGCUGGGAACCCGUGUCACGUGUCGUUUUCUCCAACUACUGCGAAGGGGAAGAAGGAAUCAUCUUUGUGUAUCGCGUGUGUUGAUUGGAGCAAGAAAUAACGGCAAAUAUGUUCACAAAAUAUGAGCUAGGUGCAAUCAUGACCAACUGAUAACCAUUUAUGGCUUUUCUACUGUCACUGACUUAUUAUACUGUUGUUAGAACUCCUAUAUCAGCAAUAUUUGCUUUCCCAGCUUGGUGUUGAAUCGUCAAUAUAUAUGAACUGGUGGACUGUGUGCGCGAGGUGUACCUAAAGAAGUCAUUCCAAAUGAAGUUUGAUACGCACAAUUAGGACUGCAUACUUCCCACAUCAUGACUCACAGGACAAUCAUAUUCGGUUAUAUUCUUUGCAUGUUCAGAUGCAUACUUCUUGGUGAAUCUCUAGAACAGAAAUUAAGGGCUCAGAACUUCUUUUAAAAAGAAAAUAUAUAUUGUAUAUCUGUAUUCAGGAAAUGAUAGACACCUGUUUAUUGAAUAAACUUUAUGUC